CUCAUGAAUCGACAAGCUCAGCUUGAGAAACGUUUUAACAACAUUCUCCAAGGCAGAGUUCCUGCGGAUGCACGGAGCUACGCUCACUUUUUGGAAGUGAUUUGUGCACAGCAAGACCCUGCAACCUGUAUUGAUAAAAUCGUUAAGAGCUCCCAUGGCUCAAGCGCCGUUCAGGCUGCCAUGCGGCACAAUACUAAUUCUCAGUUCCUCAAUGGUCCUGCAACCACACUUCUGUUGUAUCUCUUCCGAGCAACAGAUCUCGGUGACGUCCUGGAUCGCCUACUCACCGCCAUAGUUGAUCCUCCCAUUUUUUGGAGUGCCUUCAGCCAAGCAUUUGAUCAAGGCGAGCUCAAUGAGCAAGCCCAGGAAGCAUUCGCGAUACUUCUCUUUCGCCUCAUGUGCCUCCCUACGCGAAAUACCUCAUCAUACCAUGACGUCGCAAAGAAGUCUAGUAUCCUUGCGAGGCUUCUCGGUUCAUCGCAAUGGAUUGUCAAAGACAAUGGCCACCGUAUCCAAUAUAUCCUUUCCACAUUCAAGUCCGGUACACCUAUCGCUGCAGUCGGUGGACCUGGUGGUCGUCAUGAUAAUGAUUUCAACGAUUUUAGGGAGAUCUCCAUUCUUCCAACUGCAGACGAAAUUCUCUGCCAGCAGCCUCCAUUCAUUCGCCCGAGCAGCGUGUUGGAGGAUCCUGAUGACGAGGCAACUCGUAUAGCUGACUACUUGGAUAAUACCUUCCGCAUGCUGCGCGAAGACAUGUUAUAUGAGAUAAAAGAAGAGCUCCAAAUUGUUACAGGGAAAAAGAAAGGGCGUCACCGUGGGCUCACCAUUGGCGGUGUCAGACUCGGCGGUGUUUACUGCGAUACAGAUGAUGGAAAGAUUCGGUGGGGCAUCAAACUCGAAUGCCAAGAUGAUUUCGAGUCGAUGAAGAAUCUCCCCGACAAGGAGCAGCGCGAGACUUAUCUCACAAAGGAUCCUGUGGGCGUCAAAAUCCUCAAACAUCAGUCUCUCAUGUGCAUACUUUCGGGAAAUAAAAUUAUCAGUCUCGCAAGCGUUCAUCGCGUCGUGGCACUUCUUGCGGACAAACCACCUGUUAUUGUAGUUCAGCUAAUAAUCGCAUGCACGACGACUGGAGCAGCCAUGUUUGCACAGGACAUUCGUGCGGCGAGUCCUGAUGUCCUUCUCGUCGAAGAGGCUGGCGAAAUCCUAGAAAGCCACAUUCUCACCGCUAUGGGUCAGAGUAUAAGGCAGAUGAUUCUCAUUGGUGAUCACAAGUAUUACAUCUCGCUCAACCUGACUCCUUACAGGCAACUGCGUCCUAAAGUCAAAAACUACAAGCUAAGUGUUGAAAAAGGUGAUGGGUUUGAGCUCAACAGAUCACUAUUCGAGCGCUUGGUUCUCAAGGGCUUUCCUCAUGAAACUCUAACAGCCCAACAUCGUAUGCGUCCAGAAAUAUCAGCGUUUGAUGACGACUCCCGUAUUUCAGACAAAGUCGACGGGGUUUUGUCUGGGUCAAAAAAGAACACCUAUGAAGCAGAAAUGGUUUGGAAGAUCGUACGCUACCUCGCUCAGCAAGGCUAUGGGACGGAGGAGCUAGUCGUUCUCACACCAUACCUUGGGCAGCUCUCACAGCUUCAAGAUGUCCUGAAGGGGGACAACGACCCUGUGCUCAAUGAUCUCGAUUCACAUGAUUUCAUCCGUGCCGUACUUAUGCCUGCAGCCAAUAAGACGUCCAAGAAGCGCAUCAGGCUUGCCACGAUAGAUAACUAUCAGGGCGAAGAGAGUGAUAUCGUCAUCGCCAGUCUGACAAGGUCCAAUAAAUCCAAUGACAUCGGUUUCAUGAACUCCCCUGAACGUUUGAACGUGCUUAUCUCUCGGGCUCGAGAUGGACUCAUCAUGAUCGGGAACUCACAGACAUUUAUCAACGCUCGGAAGGGUAAAGAGCUAUGGGGGGAAUUCUUCGAGCUCAUUAAAAAAGGCGACUACAUGUACGAAGGCUUCCCGAUUAAAUAUGCUGAACAACACCCGGAUCGAACGGUCCUGAUCAAAUCUGCGUCCGAAUUUGAUACUUUCUGUCCCGACGGUGGAUGGACGGUGGAUGCGCAGAAAUAUGGUAAGAUUUUGGAAAUUGGUAGUGUUGUUUUUACUCACACUAUCUCUAGUAACACCACGUUGAACUGCGGCAUCCAUCCUUGCCCACUAAAGUGUCACCAGAUCUCAGACCAUUCAAAAAUGCCGUGUCAACACCCGUACUCGGGCACGUGUCCUGUCAAUCACAAGUUGAAGUGGAAAUGCCAUCAAUCAAAGCCACGCUCUUGCCCGGUUUGUGUCGAGGAAGCCCGACGUGCCAGGAAGAAUCGAAAACGAGAACUCGAACUGGAGCAGAAACUAAAAGAAGAGGAUCUGCAACGUCAAAUACAACGCGAAGAGGAGAAAUCAAAACACGAAUUACAAAUGGCUAAGCUGAAUGCUGAGUUAAAGGCGGAGAUGGAUGCGAUGGCUGAUGCUCAGGUUGCGCAGCAGCGAGCGAAUUCCAUAAAACAGAAAAUGAAGGAUAUAAAGGCAGCCAGGGCCAAUGCGCAGGCGCACGCUGAUGCCGCUUAUUCUGCUUCGCCGUCCAGGACCCGCCACACCUUUAUCUGA